CUUACCGCAGCCGAGCUCCGGUGCAUCUCAUACCACCCGCGCAGUUCAAGUUGAACUUCCAUGUCUCGUGGCCGUACUUCCGCCGCUCUUCCCUUUUCGGAAUUACCCGUUACCGGUCGCCGACAUGAUCUGAAGGACCGGUGAAGUGUUAAAUAAAAAAAACAGAUCCGGUGAUUACUGUACCUGUUAUUGUGUUUGUGCACUCAUUUUAUUACUCGUUAUCGCGUGUGCAUUAUUUGUUUAUAUAUAGAAAAAUCACUGGGAUUUUGUUACUUAUAAACGGGUGUCACCAUGCCAUGGAUGAUAGUAGUGAUUUUGUUGACACUUCUGGACACACUAUCGUCAGAGGUGUCAUGCAUUCGCCUGGCCGAUAUCUAUUGGAACGCCACCAACCCAAUGUUCAGAAUCGACAACACAGAUCACAUCAUUGAUGUGAACAAGAACAAUGGACCGUUCGAAUAUGAUCAAGUGAACAUCAUUUGUCCUGUUUAUUCACGUUCAAAUCCGGGUACUUCAACGAGUACAGAAGGCAAUGAAGAUGAAGAGCAGUAUAUCAUUUAUAAUGUAUCGAAAGAAGAAUAUGAUUCUUGCAGAAUAACGAAUCCUAAUCCGCGUAUCAUAGCGGUCUGUGAUAAACCUAAUCAGCUUAUGUACUUCACUAUCACUUUCAGAUCAUUCACACCUCAACCUGGAGGUUUAGAAUUUCUCCCUGGACAUGACUACUACUUCGUCUCGACAUCUACUGGUGAGCCAGAAGGUCUUCAUCAAAGAGUAGGAGGUCGUUGUGCUACCCACAAUAUGAAAGUAAUCUUCAAAGUUUGCUGCGGUCCUUCAAAAGGUGAUGCUGCCACAGGAGGCUCUUCCAGCCACCAAACUUCUAAAGUGAAUGUUUCGGUGCCGGUAUCUGUUGCCCCGAAUGUUCACAACACUUCAUCUCGACCAAUGGAAAACAAUCCUUUCGAUACAAACCAAAUUUUCUAUCCAGCCAUUGUACCUUCAUCUACUUACUCCACAGCAGUUCCAAGAGGAAUACGCCCUGUACCAACUUCUAGGAGACCACGGCCACCAUACUACCAGAGACCCUACGAAAUACCCAUUGAAGAUGAGAUGGACAGGUCGCCAUCCUCUGACAAAAGUAAAGAAGAGGUUGAAAAACCGAAAAGGGAACAAGCAAAGAAUGAAGAGCUAGUGAAUUCAGCCCCUGCUACUCUAAGGUGGCUCAGUCCCCUAGGAGCUUAUUACUGUUUUGUUGCCUGCUUAAUUUGUCAACUUUUAGUUGGACUACAGUAUAGGUGAAUGUACUCACGUGGACCAUCCGCGAUUCGUGGACCAGUCACUACUACAUCCCCAGUCGCACUUUGUGGAUCCAAAUUUUCAUGCAAGGAGACCUCGCGGAGAUCUAGUUACUUGUGGACAAUGAAUGUGUUACUUGUGCGUGUGUCUUCUUGGCGAUGCCAUUCGUCGCUACAUCCGGUGUGUUUACAAAAAAGGAAAACAAAAAUAAAAAAGAGACUAAUUUUAUUUUGUGUCCUCGAUGUGCAUGGUUCAAGAGCUGAAAAAUAAGUCUCUUUUUGAGUCUUUUUAUUCUUGUAAAGAAAGACUAUUCAACAAUAUUCGCGGACACCUUUGGACUAUCCAUCAAGAUCCGCGAACAUCUGUGUUUAUUGUUUGUGUGUGUGUGUUGUGUAAAAAGUGCCAUCGGGUGAUGACUGCCUUCAACAAAGCUCGGAUACUUAAUUUGUUGUUAUAUGUUUCGUUUUUUGUUUUAAUUUUUAUCUGACCAGACCGCGGCCAGCCGAAUUGAUUAAGUUCCAAAUGUACUUGCCGAGCUUCUCCUUGAACAACAACCUGAUGUCAUCUCGCAUCACGAUGGUAUUAAUUUGCUGAGCUUAAAAAAAAUACCUUUAGGACUUUGACAGCACGCCUAGCGGAGUAGUUCCAUUUGAUUUCGUUUGUCUAGAAUUCUCUCGUACUAGCUCGCACACAUUUAUUAUUUAUUAAAGCUUUUACCGUGAUUAAAGUUCUAAAUCUGAAAAGAUAAUUAUUCUGAAUUAUUUUGGGAGCUUUUAUGCUUAGUUGUUUAAAUAAGAUAAUGCAUUUUAUAAAAUUAAUUAUUCGGAAAAUAAGUUUUUUUAUGCUAUCUUGAGCCCAUUUGGAAAGUACUAAUCAAUGACUUAAGUUCACUUAAGUAAUGUUAAGUAAUGACUUCAGUUCAUGAUAGCAAAUUAAAACAGAGAACUCAGUGCCGGACCUCUUAUGAUCAGGACCUCCCUGUGCAUAACACAAAAAAUCAUAAUAGCUGUUCUCGCUUAUUUCCAUUCUGGGUGUGAUUCUCUGAGUUUCGUGAACGCCCGGUACACGUCCUUUUUUUAUGGUGUGUUGUUUAGGAGAACUCCUCAGGACAUCAGUCUCGCGUCGUGGCGGCUACUAUGGUUACGAGGAAAAGCCACUUCAAAUAGAUGUUUGUGGUGAAUAAUUUUGUCUUAAUCUUGGCAUAGAUCGGUGAGAGUAAACCUAUCGACACCUUCAUUCCUCCAUUGCAUCCCCAUUAGAAAUGUGCUCUCGCUUGUUACUAUAGCAGCAGACAGUCCUAGACUUUUAGUCUGGGGGAGUUCUCCUUAAAGCCGCACAGUACAGCUUACUUGAGUGAUACUUCUUCUGUUACUUGAGAUUCUAGAAGAGUACCUAAAUCCUUAUUUUAAGGAAGCCAGGCAAAAUUGCUCUGAUUGAGAAAGGAGUUUAUGUCCACGGCUCGUUUAUACAAAUUGCUCUAUAAUUACUGAUCUUAAUAUUUAUAUUUUGAGUCCUCAUCAAAAAUACGGUUGGGAAAAUGUGCACAUUAUGAGUCUCAAGUUAAUAUUCAAACCACAAAAAAAUGUUGUUGAAGCAUUUUAAUAAUCUUUCACUUUAUUGAUAAUGAUUCGUUACGUUUUGUUUUUUAUCACUUAAAUAUUCAUUUGUGAUCCUUAAUUUACAUUACAAAGAGUUUUUACUUUAUUUUUUACAAGAAUAUUAAAAAUAUAUGUUAGAAAUGGUGAUUACGAAACGAAUUGGUAUUUAUUUCAAAUUUCAACAGUUAAAAAACUCACAUUUUUUGAUCAGUUAACAAUUUUUUGAUCCAGAUUGAAAAAGGUAUUCAUUGAAGUGCCUAAUGGAGAAAUAUGAUUUAGGAACGAAUUAUAAUAACGUUUAUGAAACAAUUAUUCUGUCAUAUUUUAAAUAAGGCAUUUUUCGAUGGGGAAAAAAAUCUGAUGUUUAUAAACAUUCUAACUUUUCAAAAGUCUCUUUAGUUUUUUAUUGAAGAAAUUACCUUCGUAAAACUUAUCAAAAUUAGUUCAAAUUUUCUGCCAUUGAUAUUAAAAUAUAAAAAAUGAGCUAGCUAACGAUGAAUAGCCAACUGCAUAUGAGAUAUUGAAUUCUUUUUUAAUAGCAACAACUACGUCAAAUGGAUUAUAUUUACUAACUGCUCAAGAUAGUGUCGGUUCUCGAAUAGUAUUUUUUUUCUUUAUAAUUAUUUUUUUUUUGUCCAACGUACAGGAUGUUUUAUCAUAAAUAUUAAAAUAUAAUUUGGUGCAACUACAAGAGUUCACACUCUAAUAGUGUCGUAGUUAUUUUUGAAUUUUAAGCUACAUAAAAUUCUUCGGUUAUGACGCCAUUUAUCCAAGAUAAGAUAUAAAUUCCGCAUAAACCUAAUAAGAUAUCAAUUCCUCAUAAACCUAAUAAGGUAUCAAUUCCACAUAAACCUAAUGAAAUAUACUAAAUUUCACAUAAACCUAAUAAGAUAUAAAUUCCACAUAAACCUAAUAAGAUAUCAAUGCCACAUAAAGAUUGCCAAUUUCCGAUUUAAAAAAAUCUAGGACUGAUUUUCUUCAUAACUAAAAGCAAAACUUUAUUGUUAUUUGACGCCAAUAAUACUAAUUGUAAAUUAGAAGAUUGCAUUAUUUCCCUAGUUGUCAACUCAAGUCUUUAUAUAUCCUAUCAAACUCUAAAAUUAUUCACUACAAAAUUACUAAAAUUACUUUUGUUUGUUUGGUAUAAAACGUUAGUUCUAUAACACACUAAAUCAGUUAGUUUUAUAACAUAUUGCAUUGAUAACCAGUGUGUUCCAUAAUCACUGCCCUUAAUACUAAAAUCCCGACCUUAGAAUCCUUAUCAAAAAGAUAGUAAAAAAAUACAUAUGUUAGGAUUCGCAAAUUAAUAUUCAAACCCACAAAAAAAUAAACCCGAUUAAAAUUUGACGAGUCAUUUACAAGGAAGACGAGAUUAUAAGCGUCAAGACCUGUUUGAUUGUCUGAUAAACUAUAAGGAGGAAGAAAAACGUAUUAUUUGAAAACACCAUCAGGUUUCAUUCAAAAAUCAGACUGCUUUUGAUGUUUUUAAUCCUGAUUUCCUCAAUAGUUAUUCGUUAAGUUUUUAUUCCGUUUUUACAAUUUACUAAGUUAAGUAAUACAAUGUGCAUAUUUAUUUACUUCAUUUUUGAGAAGGAUUUUUAAAAUAUAUGUUAAAGUCUGUGAUUACAAGACACUUUGUAUUAAUGAGUGCUUAGAAAAGAAAAACGUUGAU